GGCUCCGCGCACCGGGAGGCUCCGCGCCCGGCGAGCGCCGCGGGCUAUGGGAUGGACGAAGCGGAGCAGGACCAGUAUGAAGUGCGCCUCAAGGAGCUCUUCGACAGCUUUGACGGCACCGGCACGGGCUCGCUGGGCCGGGAGGAGCUCRCCGACCUCUGCCACGUGCUGCACCUCGAGGAGGUGGCCCCGGUGCUGCAGCAGACGCUGCUGCAGGGCAAUCUCCUAGGCAGGGUCCACUUUGACCAGUUCAAAGAAGCACUCAUCCUCAUCCUUUCCAGGACCCUGUCAAAUGAAGAGCCCUUCCAAGAACCAGGUUCCUCCCCGGAGGCGCAGCCCAAGUUCGUCAAGGGCGGCAAGCGCUACGGGCGCCGCUCGCUGCCCGAGGCGCCGCGGGCACCGCCRCCGCUCGCCGUCAUCGAGGCGCCCCGCGAGGACUCGCCGCUCGGCGCCCGCGAGCACUGGGAGUCCCGGGACAGCGAGGAAUAUGAGGCCGAGGGGCAGCUGCGCUUCUGGAACCCGGACGACCCGGCGGCCUCGCCGAGCGCGGCGCUGCCCGUGCCCGACGGGCUGGAGGAGAAGCUGCAGGAGGUCUGCGAGCAGCUGGGCAUCGCCCGCCACGGCCGCGUGCACAGGGAGAAGCUCCUCUCCGUCUGCGAGCAGCACGGCCUCCAGAACGUGGACAGCGAGGUGCUCGAGGAGGUGUUCCAUAACCUGGAGCAGGACGGCACCGUGAGCGUGGAGGACUUCUUCUACAGCCUCUUCAGGAACGGCAAGUCGCUCGCGCCCUCGGCAUCGACCCCGUACAGACAGUUCAAGAGACACCUCUCCAUGCAGUCCUUCGACGAGAGCGGGCGGCGCACGACGGCGCCCACGGCCAUGAGCGGCACCAUYGGCUUCCACGUCUUCUCCAGCCUGGACGACGGCCUGGGCUACGCCUGCGUGGAGGGCAUCCUGGACGCGUGGCACCAGGAGGGCGUCCACAACAGCCAGGACAUCCUCAAGGCUCUGGAUUUCAGCUUGGAUGGGAAGGUGAACCUGACGGAGCUGACGCUGGCUUUGGAAAACGAGCUGUUGAUGACCAAGAAUGGGAUCUAUCAAGCAGCRCUGGCGAGCUUCAAGACGGAGAUAAGACACUUGCUGGAGCGGGUCGACCAAGUGGCCAGAGAGAAGGAGAAGCUGCGGUCAGACCUGGACAAGGCAGAAAAGCUGAAAUCCCUCAUGGCCUCCGAGGUGGAUGACCACCACGCUGCCAUCGAGCGCCGCAACGAGUACAACCUCAGGAAGCUGGAUGAGGAGUACAAGGAGCGGAUCGGGGCUCUGAAGAGCGAGCUGCGGAGGGAGCGGGAGCAAAUCCUGCAGCAGGCCGGUAAGCAGCGGCUGGAGCUGGAGCAGGAGAUUGAGAAGCUGAAAACGGAGGAGAGCUACAUCCGAGACCGCCUCGCGCUCUCCAUAAAGGAGAACAGCCGCUUGGAAAACGAGCUCUUGGAAACUGGAGAAAAGCUGCUCGAAUACGAAAGUCUGGCGAGCAAACUGCAGAGGAACUUGGAAAAUGUGCUGGCGGAGAAGUUUGGCGACCUCGAUCCCAGCAGCGCUGAGUUCUUUCUGCAGGAGGAGCGACUGGCGCAGAUGAAGAGCGAGUACGAGCUGCAGUGCCGGGAGCUGCAGGACCGAGUCGACGAGCUGCAGGCCGAGCUGGAGGAGUUCCGCGCUCAAGGCARGGCCCUUAGGCCGCCUCUGAGGAGCUCGCUCUCCGAGGAGCUCGACGUGGAUGUUAAAAGCCAUGGGAACAGCGGCAUUGAGCCUGACCAAGGGCUUGGAUCAGAGGACUGCAAUCCACUAAACAUGAGCAUAGAAGCAGAAAUGGUUAUUGAGCAAAUGAAGGAGCAGCAUCACCAGGACGUUUGUCACCUCAAGCAGGAGCUCGAAGAGACAGUGAGCCAUUAUGAAAAGCAACUAAAUGAGACCAAAAUCCACUGUGAAAAGGAGCAAGAAGACACGAGGAAGAAGUGCUCGGAAGAGAUGCAGGUCAUGGAAGAGCAAAUAACUGGCCUGAAAAGCCAAAUUGCAGAACUGCAGGGAGAAGCGGCAGCGCUCCGCAAACAGCAAGAGCAGCUUGGCUAUGAGCAUGACGAUGAGAAAAACAGGUUGCAAAUGAGCUUCGCUGAGGAAAAGGCCGCUCUGCAAGAAGUGCUCCGGCGGGAACACGAAGCGGACAUUCGGGUGAAGCUGGAGGAGGUGACGGAGAGGUUUAGCCGAGAACGGGAAGAGCUGCUUCAAAACGGUGCCUGGGUGGAGGAGAAGAUGAGGGUUUUGGUGCAGACGCUGCAGGAAGARAAGGGAGAGCUGGAACGUGGCUUCCAGGAGCAGCUGAGGAGGUUGAGGGAAAUGCACGGCCGGGAGAAAGAGGAGCUGCAGCAGGAGCUGCUGAGGAGGCACCAGCGGGAGCUGCAGGAGGAGAGGUGCGAAGCUGAGAAGCUGCGAGAAGAGAAUGCCCUGCUGAAAAACGAGGUCACUUUGUUAAAUGAGGAAGGCAGCGCUUCCAACCUGAAACUGCGGGAGCUGAGCGGGUCACGAGAAGAGAUGCGGCAAAAAAUAGAGGCGGUAAGAAAGGAGAAGGUGGCUGUGCAGAAGAUGGUUGACAACCUGAAAAAGCAGGUAGUGGAUCUGAAAACAAGGAACCAGCAGCUGGAUUCAGAAAAUACGGAGCUUAGCCAGAGGAAUUCCAAAAGCCAGGCGGAUGUGCAGGAUCUAAAUCAACAGCUGGCGAGGGUGCUCAAGCAAAAGGAAAGGGAAGCAGGAAAGCCUUCAGUGGAAGAAUGGGAAAAGGAGAGAUUGCUACUGAAAGAGGAACUGGAAAACUCUAAAAUAAAGUCUUCAAAUCUGGUGUCGUCUUUGGAGAUGGAGCUGUCAAAAAUGAAAGUCCAAGCUCAUAUGUUGGAGCAGGAAAACCACAUCCUCAAGCAGGAGCUGGAGAAAGCAAAACAGCUGCCCAGAUGUUCUGAUCUCGCCGACCUUCAAAAUGAAGUUUCUAGUUUAAUUACUAAAAACGAAAAGCUGCUGAAAGAAAAAGAAGCCCUGAGUGAGGAGUUGAACAGGUGCAUUGACAAGGUAGCUAAAGUAAGCUGCUUAGAAACCACAAUUGCCAGCUUGAAGCAGGAGCAGAAGACCUGGGAACAACAGAGCCAGAUGUUGAAAACACAGCUCGCAGUUUCACARGAAAAGGCUCAGAGUCUAGAUGAAACGCUGCAAAAUGCCAACCUCCAAAUGUCCCGCCUAAACGCCGACUUACGGGUGGCCCAACAGGACAAGGAGACCCUUCGGCAGGAAGCCGUGUCCUUGCACAAGCAACUGCAGAACGCCCAGGAAAAGAACCGGGUUCUUGCCCUGGCUGUGCCUUCCUCAGGGCUGCAGGGGAAGCUGCCCUGGGAUCAACUGGAGCAGCUGAUGGAACAGGAGCAGCAGCUGCUAAGGCAAGAGAACGAGAGGCUGCAGAGAGAAGUGCAGAGCUCUAAAGCAGAUCUAACCCAUUCCAGGGAGAAGGUCCGGCAGCUGGAGUCUACCGUCCUUUCUCUGAAGCACCAGAAGCAUCAAAGCCAGUCGGGCAUCGUCAAAGCCAUAGAGCAGGAGAAACUAAGUUUGAAGAGGGAAUGCGAGCAGCUGCAGAAGGAGCUGUCCUCUGCAAACAGGAAGAUCAGUCAGAUGAAUUCUCUUGAACGCGAACUGGAAAGCAGCUCCGAAAACGAAGGACUGAGAAAAAAGCAGGUCAAGCUGGAUGAUCAGUUAAUGGAGAUGGUGCAGGCGGGCGCCGGCGCGACGCGUAGCCCGGUCCCGCGCGGGCGGCAGCUCCUGCAGCGGCAGCUCCUGCAAGCCGAGAGGAGGGCUCAGCGCCUCCAGGACCAGCUCCAAAACGGGCCCUCCGACUCCAGCACGCCACAGGGAGGUCAUGAGCAGCUUCUAAAGAUGAUGGAAGAGCGUAUGAUGGAUGUGGAACAGAAACUCAGGCUUGUGAAGAGGCUUCUCCAAGAUAAAGUAAAUCAGCUGAAAGAACAACUUUCCAAGAACACUAAAGCAGAUGCAAUGGUCAAGGAUCUCUACGUGGAGAAYGCCCAGCUGCUGAAGGCGCUGGAGGUGACAGAGCAGCGGCAGAAAACGGCGGAAAAGAAAAACUAUUUAUUAGAAGAAAAGAUUGCCAACCUCAAUAAAAUAGUAAAGAACCUGGCUUCCCCCUCCUUCAGUCCGGCCUCUGAGUUGAGGCCGUAGCCGUGAGUACACUGCAAGCCCCCAAGCACUUUACUGAAAUGUUAAUAUUUCAGCUCUUCACUGUUUUGCCUUUUUUUACUGCUGGAUUUUAGUUAACAGAUGCCUCCGAGGAGAGGACAGAGCUAAACUCCAAGCAGGUCACUGCCAACUUCUGUCUAUUCCCAAACUGUUCUUCUAAAUUUCGCCUAAACCUAGAUGUGCAAAAUGGCAGAUUAAUUUAUUCUGGUGUUAAUACUUUGAAAAUGUUUUGAAAUAUGAUUUUACUGUGCUGAAUUGGUUAUUCCAAUAUAGAUUGAAAUUAGGCUCUAAAGCUUUGAAGUUAAUGAAUGCAAUGUUUAAAAAUAUUUUUGGACAUCUAGAGUACUUUGUGGUUCAAACCUACUGAUAUUGGUGGAUUAAUUUGAGCACUGUCAGUGUAAUUGUUUUUGAAAGCCAGAGUUCCUGGAUGUCCCUGUCCUGCAAACUGUUAUUUAUCUGAAGCAACAUGCUCUGAGUUAUGYAUUAAGCAUCUACAUUUCUGCAGAG